AUGGAGGCUGGCGGCGAGGAGUUCGCGAUCGGCGUGGUGAUCUCCGCGAAGACCACCCUGGGGGAGGAGUUCGAGGGCCAGAUCGUCGCCUUCGAUCGCCCCUCCAACCUCCUCGUUAUCCAUAUCCUUCCCAAAUCGCUCAUGCUCCUCACCCGCAUCUCCAUAUCACAGGAGGGCGUGGGGAGGGCCGAGAGGGGGGAGCGGCGGAACGUGAGGGUGCUCAAGGCGAACUACAUCCGGGAGUUCUCUGUGGUCAGCAAGGGUGACGACCCUCUCGAUCCUGCCGGCUGCAUGUUGGACCUCAACGCCAUUUAUGCCCGGGAGGAUGCUGCACUCAGGCAAGCAGAGAUUGAGGCCGAGAGAAUUGGUGUUGGUGUCACCCCAGAAGCUCAAAGUAUAUUCGAUGCGCUGUCCAAGACGCUUCCGGUUCAGUGGGACAAGACUGACAUUGUUGUAAUGAAGGAGGUUCGUGUACGCAGUCCGUACCUGCCUGAAAAUGUAAGUGGAGGAACAGCGGCAGCAAAUGAACGCGUUAAGAAAGUGAUUGACUUUGAGAGGAAAAGAUUACAUUCACGUGUACCUGGCCAAUUCUCGUAA